AUGGUUGUUUCUAUUAAAUGGCUACGUUAUGCUAGUGAAAUAGAUGAGCUAUGUGAUGAAUGGGUUCCAGUACCCUUGAUCCCACCUCUGAUUAAAGAAAUGCAGUAUGAACCACCAGUUUUAGAGAGCGCUGCCGGACCACAUACCAUAAUUAAUGGCAAAGAAGUUAUCAAUUUUGCUUCAGCAAACUAUCUUGGGUUGAUAGGACAUCAAAAGUUACUUGAGUCAUGUUCUUAUGCUUUAGGGAAAUAUGGUGUUGGUUCUUGUGGUCCACGUGGGUUUUAUGGAACAAUUGAUGUGCAUCUUGACUGUGAAGCAAAGAUAGCAAAUUUUUUGGGAACCCCUGAUUCAAUCCUCUACUCUUAUGGAUUUUCUACCAUGUUCAGUGCAAUUCCUGCUUUCUCGAAAAAAGGAGACAUAAUUGUUGCGGAUGAAGGAGUCCAUUGGGGAAUUCAGAAUGGCCUUUAUCUAUCUAGAAGCACGGUGAUGUACUUUAAGCACAAUGACAUGAACUCUUUGAGAGAAAUGCUAGAGAAAAUUACUACAGAAAAUAAGCAAGCUAAGAAGUUGAGGCGUUAUAUUGUUGUUGAAGCUAUCUAUCAGUGUCAUUACAUAAAUUUAAUUCGGGCCAGAUAG